GUGCUACCUAUCAGUGCUGCCAGUCAGUGCCAGUCAGUGCCGCCUAUCAGUGCCAAUCAGUGCCGCCUAUCAGUGCCCAUCAGUGCUGCCUAUCAGUGCCGCCUAACAAUUGCCAGUCAGUGCCACCUAUCAGUGCCAGUCAGUGCUGCCUAUCAGUGCCACCUAUCAGUGCUGCCUAUCAGUGCCAUAUAUGAGUGCUGCCUUUCAGUGCCCAUCAGUGAUGCCUGUCAAUGCCCAUCAGUGCAGCCUCAUUAGCGCACAUCAGUGAAAGAGAAAAAUCACUUAUUUACAAAAGUUUAUAA